GGCACGCAUGAGCAGGUAGGGAGGCUCAAACUGGACAAAUGGAGACGCAGACAGAACCUUCGUUUCAUGGUCCCGAACAAUAUCUUCGUAGUAAGUUGGCCUUGGAACGUCGUCGGGCACUUCGCUUGCAGUCUCUGUGCCCGCUGCUGUGUCUUUAGCAGAGGAACUACUCGCCCCCUCGCUAGAAACGUGGCCUGCGUCGGUCUUCUUCUCCGUCUCGGCAUCAGUCAAGGCCGGCAUCUGCGCAAACUCAUCUCUCAUCAAGCAGGUCUCCAGCUUGAGGUUGUAGACAACAUAGGUCAUAAAUUCAGUGAUUCUUUUGACCUUUGAAAGCACCUCGCUAUCACCACCGCGCAAAACAAUCGUGCAGCCCAAUUCUUUACGGCAGCCAGAUAGGUACAUGUAUGUCUUUUUUCGGCCGUUGUACACAUAUGUCUUGACAUCAAAGCUGCC